AUGAAGAUUGCUCAAGUUCUUGCCACGAUUGCUUUCGUCUUCUCCCUUGCCAACGCGUUCGGAACGGAUAAGCUUCGAAUGGUGACGGGGCGCAGAGCCUCUGCAAACGCGAACUUUGUUUUUGAUGAAGGUCUUCUCUUGGACCGUGAGGAAGAUCGUGUCCUAAGUGAAGGGCGGAGCUCGAGCAGCAGCAGUCGUAGUCGCGGAAGUCAUAGUCGCUCUGGGAGCAGUCGAAGCAACCGAAACAGCACCAUGACAAUGAGUUUGGUUUCCAGCAGCAACAGCACCUUCUUUGGUUCCAGCAGCGGUAGCAGUGGAAGCACAAGCCGUCGCAGCAGCAACAGUCCAAGUGCCAUCCGCAGCCAAAACAGUACUGGUACUAUGGUGGGAAGUAUGAGUGGCAGCAGCAGCAGCAGCAGCAGCAGUCGAAGUACCAUUGGUUCCAGUGGUAGUGGUGGAAGCACAAGUCAAGGCAGCAGCAACAGUCGAAGUGCCAUUGGCAGCCAAAACAGUACUGGUACGAUGGUUGAGCAAGUAAUGAGUGGCAGCAGCAGCAGCAGCAGCAGUAGUCGAAGUGCCAUUGGCUCCAGUGGUAGUGGUGGAAGCACAAGUCGCCGAAGCAGCAACAGUCGAAGUGCCAUUGGCAGCCAAAACAGUACUGGUUCGAUGGUGGGCAGUAUGAGUGGCAGCAGCAGCAGCACGUCGAAGCACCAUUGUUCCAGUGUAGUGGUGGAAGCACAAGUCGCGCAGCAGCAACAGUCGAAGUGCCAUUGGCAGCCAAAACAGUACUGGUACGAUGGUGGGCAGUAUGAGUGGCAGCAGCAGCAGCAGCAGGCAGCAGCAGUAGUAGUCGAAGUGCCAUUGGCUCCAGUGGUAGUGGUGGAAGCACAAGUCGCCGAAGCAGCAACAGUCGAAGUGCCAUUGGCAGCCAAAACAGGACUGGUUCGAUGGUGGGCAGUAUGA